AUGUUCAUUUGUGGCAGUGGAAGUUUCAAUCAUCAAGUAGAAGAUGACCAUGAAACAUGGAGCCCUUGUUCUACCCCAAAGAGAUCUAAAAAGGGUACGAGUUUUUUCAGAAAUAAAAGCAAGAACCCUUACGCGGAUCGUGGUUUGGAAAAAUUUUAUGCACUUUUAGCUGAUCUCGAUGAGAAGAGACAGGAGAUUUACACACAAAGUGGCUCAGAAGAUAUUUCUUUGGUUCGGUUCGUAUACUCGAACUCGAACGAUGUCAAACCUAUUGUGGUUAAGGUGAAGGAGAGAAAGCAGGAAAAACCCAGCAUUCCCGAUGUCAAAAUCCAACAGAAUUCGUCAGAAACUCAACCAGACAAGCCAACAGUUGAAACCUCAAAGGCUCCGAAUGCUGCGAGGGCCGAUACUGAUCAGGUUUCGGAACAUAGGAGAAAACACAAGUGCUUGGCAUGUAGAAACUUCAAUUGGCAAAAAUUAAGGCAACCUUGCUACUAUAUUCCAAUGAUUAUCGUAUUGAUUCUGAUUCUGCUUCUUAUUUACGGGCGAUCUUUCGCGAUAUUAUGCACCUCGAUUGGGUGGUAUUUGAUACCUACAAUUAAAGGAGAGAGUUCAAGUUCAAGAAACCCAAAGAGGAAGAAAGAAUAUGUCAGAAAAUUGAGUGAAAAAAAGCUUGUGACUGAUGAUGGAUUGUCUUCUCCACGAAGUGUCAUCAAUGGACCAACAGAUCAUAAAUCUCCUAGACAACAUGGGAAGAGAAGAAGCUGGUGA